UUCCCCAUUCUCUACUUCUAUUUGGUCCUCUCGUCUCUGCUUCGGAGACGGUUUUUUUUUUCUUUCCUUUCCAUUUUCUGUUCUUCAAUUUUGCUGCAAAGAUCCAUGGCUGACCAACCAGGGGAGCCAGAUUCGGUCAUUGACAAGAUCUCCGGCAAGAUCAACGACCACAUUUCAUCCUCUUCCUCCGGCUCUGAUGAUGACCGGCCUUCCAAAGUCGAUGCUGUAAAAUCCCACGUUUAUAGGCUCUUCGGCAGAGAUAAGCCCGUCCACUCAGUCUUGGGCGGUGGAAAACCUGCUGAUGUUUUUCUUUGGAGGAACAAAAAGAACUCUGCAGGCGUCCUUGGGGGUGUCACUGCCUUGUGGUUUCUUUUUGAGCUGCUUGAGUACCAAUUAAUCACUCUUGUGUGCCAUAUAUUAAUUCUUUUACUGGCUAUAGUUUUCUUGUGGUCUUAUGCCAAUACGUUUAUCAACAAGACCCCACCUCAAAUCCCAGAUUUUAGAGUUCCUGAAGAUUGCCUGCUUGAGGUUGUCUCUUCACUGAGAAUUGAAAUCAACCAUGUAAUCUCCACUUUACGUGAUAUUGCUUUUGGAAGAGAUUUGAAGAAAUUUCUCAGUGCUUUUAUUGGCUUAUGGGUUCUAUCAAUAGUUGGCAACUGGUGCAAUUUUCUGACCUUGUUAUACAUAUCCUUUGUAUUGCUACACACUGUGCCAGUUCUUUAUGAGAAGUAUGAAGACCAGGUUGACCCAAUUGCCGAGAAGGCUUUGAUAGAGCUCAAGAAGCAGUAUGCUGUCUUUGAUGCCAAGGUUCUGAGCAAAAUCCCAAUGUGGCCACUUCAAGGGAAGAAGAAGAAUUAGAUUAUGUGGCAUUUUUGUCUGGUUAGGCUUAACUUCAUCUCUCUCUUAGCAGUCUUGUUUUCUUUUUCUGGCAAGGCAGCUCUGUUACUUUUCCCUUGUUUCUCAAGUAGAAGUUAGAAGCCUUUCUGCUGCUGCUGCAUGCUUACUCUGCACUCAGUAAGUUUUGGGUAGAUUGAUAAAUUCUGCACCAAUGUACCUUGCUUUUCCUUGUCAACCCCAAGCUUCUUUGCCUUCCCGAGUAAUUAAUUAUAUGGUUCUUUGUCUUUCGGCUGCUGCUUUUUUUUUUUUAAUAAUAGUAAUAAAUCUGUAUGUUUGGGUUUAUGUAGUUUGUUUGUCGUCGAGAAGUCUAAGCUUCUACUUUUAUUUAUGAUCUAUUUGCAUCGAAUUUUUAAUUGCUUUAAUAUUUAGCUGCCUUUAGACUAAGUAGAGAACUGGAAUGUAGGAAUCUGUAUUUGAGUAGUCUUGAUUUGAAUUGGUUUGUGCAUAUAAAAAUAUUUAGGUAUAUGAGGUAUGUUUGGAGUUUGAAUUUAUACAGGAGGUUUGAUUAUGAAAUUCAUAAUAAACAAACUAACAUUUGAAAUUUAGGUUCUAGUGGGGAGGUGCCCCCUACAAGGAAAAACUCUUCAUGAUUACAUUCCAUGUGUAGCAUUCAUUCUUAGAAACGCUUGGCUCUUGUUAGUUAACUAACCUGCACAUUUUUUUUUUGAAAUGUUGCUAAGAAAUCAACUCUUCGUGAAAAUCACGGUAAGAAAUUGACUUUAUUUUCAAAAAACUUAAAACCAUGGGAUUUAAAUGGUUGAUUGUACUUAAAAAAAAAAAAAAGAAGAAAUUAAUUGUCAAAAGUUAAUUUAUUUUUGCUUGAAAAAUUGUGUUCCUCCAAAAUGUUGGAGAAAAGAUAAUGAAGGACAUGUUUGGAAGUAAUUUUGAAAUCACUAAAUUAAUUUCUUUUUGCUUGAAAAAGUGUGUUCCUCCAAAAUGUUGGAGAAAGAUAAUGAAUGACAUGUUUGGAAGUAGUUUUGGAAUGACUAAAAUCAUUUUUGUCAUUUCAAAAUCACUCCAAAACAUGCUUUUAAUGUGAAAAUGACAUUUAAAAGUGUAAAAUUAAAUAUUAAAUUGAAUUUGAGUUAUGAAGCACAAAUACUUCAUGUGAGGUAGAGAAUCAAUAUUGGAUACAUAUCCUAAGAAUGAAUGCUGCACAUGAUAUGUGAUUUGGCUUUUUUUAAGGAUACGUGUCCCUUCCAAAACUAAGCAGUCUAUUUUAAAAGCACACUGCCCCAACCCAAAAUUAAAAGAAGAAAAAAAUAAAUGACCAAAACCUAAAAUCGUGUGAUCUUCAUUUUCACGUUGAGUCCCCACAAAGUCAAGUAAAAAAUAACCCACUUGAUUAUCUUCAACAAUUCAAGGAAGUUCUUUAUUUACCUCCGCACUUCCCCCUCUAAUCUUCUUCUUCUUUGAUUGAUUUGACUCCAAUGUGCCACCAACUUUUUCUAUUGUAUUUUAUUGAUCAUUGUAUUUCAAUAUCUCUGAUAUUGCUUUUGUAUUGUAUUUUAGUGUUUGUAUUGUAUUUUGUUAUUGUUAUUAACUUGACAUGUUAUAUUUUUAAGUGGAUUGUAUUUAGCUUCUUUAUAUUAAAUUUACAGAUAUGUGGAUUUUUUAAAUAAAAAAACAUAUUAUCGACAAAUUUGUAUCCUAGUUUUUUAGAAAUUGAUGUAUCGUCGUAUCCGUAUCUCCUAUCCGUAUUUGUUUUUGUGUUUCAUAGAUUUUGAGUGAUUAAAGAUGAGGUGUAGAUUUGAACAAAAGGUAUUAGUGGAGAAUAUAUGUAGUAAUGAGGUUGGUGCGUCUUGUGAUGCAUGAACAUGUAGAAUGGAAAAUUCCUGAAGCCUGAAAGGAGACAUGGGUGAAUAACUUUUGACUUGAAACACGUCACUAUAUCAAUUAAAAUUAAGUUGAUAAACAAAACAGGUUAUAUCAUAUGAACAUAAACUAUUAUUUGCCAAAAUAAGCUUAGCUCAAUGGUAAUUGGCACGACCUUCCUUCCUAGUAGUCAGAGGUUUGAUCCCCAUCCUGCAAAAAAAAGUAAUUAGUUAGUCGGACUUAACAUAGUAGGAUGAACCAAUGUCGUGUUGUGACACUCGAGUACUCGAGGCGCACAUAGGGGUACAUGAUGUAGUUAUCGUCUAUACUAAUAAUGUGCAUCUUCCUUUUCAAUGAUUCAAUCAUAGAAGCUCUAAAGUUAAGUAUGCGUGACAUAGAAUAAUAAGUGACUUCUUAAAUUUUUUUAUGGGAAGCCAAAACAUGCUCUAGGACUUUAUUUUCUUUGUUUUUGCACACCUUUUUGGAAUGAAAAUGUUUCUUGAUUUUUUUCAAGCACAAUAGAAGGAAAUAAGAAAGAAAACUUAAGGACAAAGUGAAUAAAAAAGAAGGGUGGAAUUUGCCUAUGGAAGUUGGCCUUCACAGAUUACCAAAUAAUCGAAUCUUUGCGCAUGGAUAGCUAACUCAUGAGUGAUAGAAUUACUCCUACGAUUAGCUCAAAGAAAGACAUGGAUAGAACCAUGAUGAUGAAGAUCUCGAAAAGAGUCAAACGAAAACCUGAACCUCUUUCGUGAAUCUAGCUUUCCCAAUCAAAAGAUUCUAUAGAAUUAGGGAAUUAGUUUCGGCCCAAAACGGGGGAAUACCAGCUUCAAGAGCUCUAGAUAAACCAUUAAACAUGGCAAAAACAGUUUAAAUCACAAAAAUCUUAAUUAGCAUUCUAGAUCAUCUACAUUUGAAUAACAGUUUUUAUAGCUCCAAGUAGAUUUUAGUGUUACAUGGGCAAUAAACUUCUUUCGGACAGAAGGUUUCUGCUGAAAUCUUAACUUCUGGUGUUUAGACGUGUCUUAUUUGGAAGAUAUUUAUGAUAGACAGUCAGUCCAUCAUCUACUAUAUGUUUUGUUGUCUAUCUUAGAAGGAAAUGACAGUUAUAAGGGAAAUUCCACUAGUUUGCAUAUCAUUUGUUUGUCCAUAAGAUUAUACUCUGUUGCUCUCUAUGCAAGUUUUGCAUCUACAAACAACAUUGAGGUUCCAUUUGAAAACUGUUUGGGUUUUAAACAAUAAGUUGGUAAACAUUAGUUCUACUUAUAGAUUUCUUUGUUUUGUUAUCUACUUUUUAUAAAUGUUUUUGAAAUCCAAGCAAGUUUAGAAAACUUACAAAAAAAAAAAAAAAAAAAAAAAAAAAAAAAAAAAAAAAAAAAAAAAAAAAAAAAAAAGAAAAAGAGUUUCUAAAAUCCAAAUGAUUAUAAAAAAAAAAUGGAACAAUUCAAAUUCUUUAAGGAUGUAGGAUUUAAUACGCUUUACUCAGCACAAUGUCUCAAAAGGAAAUUUUAUUUGGAUUCAAGAUUUGAACAUGGCUCUAUUCACAGAAGUGGCAUCCUCCAAUUCCUAGCUUUUUGACAUCAACAGAGUGAAUCUUUUUGAUGUAAAAACACUUCCAUCGCUGUCACAUGGAAUUCAAGGUUCGAUUAAUUUAUCGAAACCUGAAAAGUUCAUCUACAUCAUUGCUGCAGUAGUGCAAUGAACAUUCCUAGAUAUUGAGACAAAGAAAAGGCAUGUGAUAACUGAUAUAUGGUCAUUGUCCUAAAACUUUUGAGUAGGAUUUUUGGAAAAUCCUCAGACAUAAGUCAUGGAGUUUGGUUUUAGCACAGACCAUUUUGUUCUAACUUUCCUAAAAUUCAUUCCCUACAAGCCUUCUUAGAAAGUUCAUUUUGACAGUGAUCUAUUCGGGGCAUACGGUAAUCGUACAGUAACAAUGUAGAACUCAAUUAUUUGACAUCACAUGCCGGGAAAAACCCGAGCUUGGUUUGUGCCGAGUUUUGUGAACAGAAAGAUCUUGAAUUGGAUUGAAUCCUUGGGGCAAAGAAUUUGCAUUGAUACAUAAAGGUGUUCUGUUCAAUUCUAUGGCAAUAGGAUAGACUUGAACCUUUAGUUAUCAUUGUCUCAUAAAUCCUCCAUAGCUUAAGGACACUAUCAAGGGAACCCCACAACUUAACUGGCAAAUAUAUGCAUAUUUAUGACUUUGCUAGUCUGUCUUGUUAGCAACUAAAGUGACUGAAGGAUGACUCGCAA